GAAGAAGAAGAAGAAGAAGAAAGAUGAACGAUCUCUUCUCUGCCGGCUCCUACCCUGGCUUCUCUCGCUUCCGAGGCGAGCAAACCUCCCGGGACUACCAUGUAAUCGAGAUGUCCUCCACCGGCGUCUACCUCAACGAGUUCUUCGAGGAUGUGGAGGCCGUCAAGGACAAGCUCAAGGAGAUGGACAGCCUCUACGAGGCCCUCCAGAGCGCCCACGGGCAGAGCCUCAGCCAACACAACGCCAAGGCCGUCAAGGACCUCCGCUCCUGCAUGGACGCCGAUGUCGCCCUCGCCCUCAAGAAGGCCAAGCUCGUCAGGGUCAAGCUCGAGGCCUUCGACCGCUCCAACGCCGCCAACUGGAGCCUCCCCGGCUGCGGACCCGGUUCUUCGUCGGACCGGACUCUGACCUCCGUCGUGAACGAGCUCCGGAAGAAGCUCAAGGACUCCAUGGACAGCUUCAAUGGCCUGAGGCAGCAGAUUUUCUCACAGUACCAGGAAACCGUACAACGGAGGUACUUUACAGUCACUGGUGAAAAUCCUGAUGACAAGACCGUUGACCUUCUCAUCUCUACAGGCGAGAGAUUAAGCUUCAUGAGCUCCAGCUUAAUUAUCUUGGAUAUUUGA